CAAGUCGCGCAAAAUGUUGUCAAUGUGACUUUAAAAAGGGAUUAAAGUUGCACCAAGUGUGUUGGUGUUUUUCUUUUUAGUAUUUCCAUGAAGAUCUGGUCUCCCUUAAUAGCUACUUUACUACUCCUAAGCGUAACAUCAGCACAAGUAUAUGAAGAUGAUAACUUCAUUAUAGACAUUGUUGAAGACGACAAUGAUAGCAGUCCAGAAAUAGUAAAUGUCAAACCUGUCAUUGAUGGUCCAUUGCCAUGCAACGGAUACCCUGAAUAUCGAAAACUACCUGUCAACCAAGCGUUUUAUUUAGGAGCAAAUAAUGCUGGCUCACAUGUGUUUAGUAAUGACUGUCAAGUAAAGCAACAAAAUGACAUUCCUCAGAUGCUGAAAGACGGUGUUCGAUUUUUAGAUAUCAACUUGUGCUUAAAUGAUGAGAAGCAGAUGGUGAUUUGUUCUGACCAUGAUUCUGCUAUCUCUAAUACAUCAUUUCGUAAUGUAUUAGAUGAUAUCUUUCAAUUUGCUCGAGAUAAUGUUGAACAGAUAUUCAUUGUUCACCUUCAGUCUCGAGGCGUUCAUCAGCCUUUGGAUGUUAAGGACGUAGACAAACUGCUGGAUGAGACCUGUAAAGUACAUACGGAAUUAACAGAUGGAACAGAUGAAUAUGUUGCAUUUGAGUGCCCAUUCAUUUAUAAGCAUGAAAAGGGACCUUGGGCUACCAUGGGUGAACUUGUUAAUUAUAAUCCCGAUAUGGCUCAAUGGGAGGGUGAUGGUGAACUUGUAGGCGUUCGAAGCAGGAUUAUAUUUACCCAUUCAGACAGUGUUCUCCAUGCCCCUGAAUACACAUCACCCUAUUUUACAUCGACAUUUUGGAGAGCAUUAAAAGCAGAUGAUAUAAGUAACCUAAUGGGUUACCUAAAGAAAGAAUGCCGAAUUCCUGCGGGAGGCAUUAAAGUAGAUGCCUACUCCGAAGCUACUUGUUCAGCAGAAACAUACACGCCAGAGCAAAUUGAAGAGCUUCUCUUUUAUAAAUCAGCAUGUAAUCUGAAUGAUUCACCCUUGAACACGUUCAUUUCCGUAUUGUCAGUAGAUCAAUACCAAAAACACUUGCCUUACUAUAAAGAAUUAGAAAGUCGUGUGAUGGAAUCUAACUAUGCCAAAUGGAAUGGCGAAUAUCAGUUCAUAAGGCCAUCCUAUCUUGUUUCUAUUAAGCCCAAGAUGGUCAGAGAUGAGCUAUAAAUAAAAUAUACAACUCUGUUACACAGAUUCUAACACACUAUGAUUCACCUUGU